AUGUGGAAGAAAUCCAAAGUAUCGGAUCCGACCGGAUCAGGUCAAGUGAGCAUCACAAAGAGAUCUAAAGUUCCUGGAGUGAUGGUCACACAGUUUGUGGAGGAGCUUCCAGAAGGAAAGAGCCAUCCGGAUUUUAUCCGCAAACCCAUCGCUCUCACCAUUCAAGAAGGUAAACUGGCUGUCUUCACGGCCAUUGUGAUCGGGGACCCCACUCCUACUGUAACAUGGGCUAGAAAUAAUGGGGAUGUAUCUGAUCCAGAGAAAUAUCAAAUCAAGUAUGACCCUGUUUCUCGAGGUCACACUAUGGAGAUGCCAAAUGUUUCUCCACCCCAAGCGGAUACCUACAAAUGUUUGGCUACAAAUGAAUUUGGAAAGGCGAUGGUCACCGUCCUCUUGAAUGUAAUCGAAGUAAAGUUCGUCCUAAAAGCGAAGCUGGCAAAAUCGACCAGAUGUUCUGCCGAUAAGACAGAAUACGGGCGCAUCUGCGAUGAAUACGAGGUGACGGACUUCCGCUGGAUGCUUAAGAAACUCAAUGAGAUGAAAAGAGAGAGAGAAAUGGAGCAAGCCGAGGUAAUCAAAGCUAAUGAUGAAUUACACGUGUUCUUCGAACUUGAUCUGAAACUUCUACACCCCAGCAUCAGGAUUUUCACCUACAAGGAUGGCGAGAUGAUACCAUAUUCUCAAGAACUCGAUUUGGAAAUGAAGCACAACCUGAAUCAAGUAGGCAAGAAAUACAUCUUCACCAUCAAAGACCUUCUCCCAGAUGAUGCAGGACUUUACCAGUUGGACGUAGAGGACGCCAACGUGUUCUCCACUGAAUUUAAGAGUUAG